AUGAGUAGACGCGACGACAUGGAGUUCAUGGACAUCGAUGGGCCCGAGUUCAUUGCCGAUGUCAAUAAUCAAAUUGCAGACAUUCGUGCCAGCUAUUCUUCUGUGCUCAGUCAAGAAACUAACAUCAAAGCUUCAGCUAUCUUGGAGUACACAAAUGCUCAAGACGAACCACAGAAUGUGCUGGGGGCAUUUCAGGAGAUUUGCGUUCUAGAUACCAAUUUCUUGCUGUCAAAACUUGGCUUCUUGGAUACUGUAUUGGAUUUAGCAAGCGAGAACCCAGGAAGCCUGUUGGUGCUGUUACCCUGGGUUGUGAUUCGAGAAUUAGAUGGAUUAAAGCAAGGAAAUCCAGACAUCAGUGCAGGAGCAAGGAAAGCCAUGCGCUUCAUCGAGUUGCGUUUGCGAGAUAAGAUUAUAUCUUUGAGAGGACAAAAGAUGAACGAAGUGUGGAGUAAAGACAUGCUCAAAAAUCAAAACGUCAAAGGCGAUGAUCGCAUUCUGGAUUGUUGCAUGUAUUUCCAGCAAGUAACGCAUAAACGAGUGACAUUACUAUCCAAUGACCGGAACCUCUGUAUAAAAGUCAUGGUUCAUGAUGUGGAUUCGAUCUCGGCAGAGUCAGUGCCCAAGAUGGAGGCAUUACUAAAUCGUAUAGCCAAGAACUCUACCUCUCAUUCGACAGAUAACCCUCUUUCUAGGUACGCAGCAACUUCAUGGAACCACCAAGCACCACAAUUACAGCAACAGAUACAGCAACCUACGUUGGGCGAGGAUUAUACCAUGGAAAUAGACGACGUUUACCCACCAGCAGCAACUAGCAGACCACCACAGCAACCACACCACAACACAACGGAAGAGGAUUAUGACAUGAUGGUAGACGACGAUCUGGUAGCUUUUAACAACACACAACCAACAACAAGGCCAUUGAAAUUAGGAGGAACACAAGACAGCAAGUGGGCCAAGGCAACAACACCACGACAUUCAUAUAGAGAUACAGCAUUAUCGACCCCAGCAUACCUCGACGACGAUCCCACAUUGACAGCACCAACAAGACCCUAUCGCCCUCAACAUACAUCCAUUUACAAUUACAACCGCAACUAA